AUGGACAUGUCUUUGAGCCCUCCAAAGUCGCCUUUGCAAGCGCACAACUUGAAACCAAAGGUGUUCCUUGUGCCAACAUGGUGCAGCAUGUGCAAAGGUGUAUUGGUUGGCAGCGGCUUCCAGUGUACGGGGCCCUGCAAGAUGAGGUGUCAUCUGGGCUUGGGAGCUAACAUGGCCGAGCACUGCAAAGCUGAGCUGCUGCUAAAGACUUGUGAGGAGACUGAGCAAGUCCAAGGAAAGUAUCGCUUUGGCGAUUUGACGAAGCAGAUCUUUAGAAAUGAGCACCAGAGGAUCAAAGACUUGGUGGUCAAGGAAGUCGUGAAAGAGCAGAAAGGCUUUGGCAAGUUUGAGAAGCUCAAGGCCUAUGCAGAAGCCAUUCAGGAGAAAUGGGACCUUCCGAAGAUCAAGCAGUAUGUGCUUUACGGAAUCCUGCUGUCCGACCUGGCCAUUUUUCUUCUAAUCUAUUGUCUUGUGCUCUUGAUCGCCUUGCCUCUGCAUGGCUAUGCCCGAGCGGCGCGUCUCGCUUGGUUCCAGGCAGUGUCCAACUUCACAUCCCUGAGCAUCUUCGAGGGCCUGUUGCUGGUUGGAAUUCAUUUGCUGCUCCACCAGGUACUGCUCUACUCGGAGCUGCUGCAUAGCUUUGUCCGUGAAAUUCUGCAGAUCGACUUGCGAGAAUUGCAGAUUGAUGUGGGAAGAGCUUCUUUGGCGCUUUCUGAAGCUACUUUCUAUGCCUUGCAAAUUUCUGGUGGCAUGGCAGUCCUGGCCAUUUCAAUGUGGUUUAGGGCUGUGGCCAUCGUUUGA